CUCGGGAGAACAGGCAUGACACUAGCAUGAUGACAUUCCUGGAACUCCUCGGUUCAACUUGUCCUUCGCCAGCACUAGCCGACACUGAUACGAUGCCUGGCACCAGCUUGACUCUGUCAGUGUCAAGUAUAAGAAGGAGGCUAUGGGAAGGAGAUUCUGCUCGAACCAGACAUCCAGUGUGCACGUUGUCACCAGAAGAUCCCCCUCAAGUCUACACAUCAAGAGAGUCAAAGUCUGCACAUUUUGCAACCCAAACCUUGAAAACAUGAACUCCCUCCUCUCCAGUGCCUUCGUGGCCUUCCUUGCUGCCACCUCCAUGGCUUCUCCCGUGGCUGUCGUCCCAAGAGCCGAUGCCGCCUCGUCCACCUCGGCCGCCUCGGCUCCCACUUUCAAGCCGCUGUCGCCGGCCGAAAUCAAGGCUCUGCAAACGGAGCUCCUCCUAGCGCCCUCCUACAAGGACAAGGAGCAGGUGCUGUUCCCGCCCAACAACGGCGGCAGCGCCAACAACGUCUCGUUCCAGUUCGUCCCCAACAAUGGACCGCGGCCCCAGGAUGGCAGCAUCAUCGUGGGCAGCGUCGACUCGAUCCCCGGGCUGAUCGGCACCAACGUCGCGGCGGCCAUCGGCUUCAUUGGUCCCUGCGGGCUCAACGUGCCGCACCUGCACCCGCGGGGCAACGAGUUCUUGACGGUCGUCAACGGCACGCUGAUCGGCGCCUUCUUGCUCGAGGAGGACGGCGCCUUUGUCGGCGACAUCCCGCAGGUGUCCAUGACGCUGACCAACUUCACCGGCAUGCUGUUCCCGCAGGGCCACAUCCACUGGCAGUUCAACCCAACGUGCGAGGAGGCUGUGUUUUCGGCGGCCUUUGAUAGUAGCGAUGAAGGCCGCUUCCAGAUCGCCCAAACCUUCUUCUCGUCCAUGCCCGACAACGUGCUCACCACGUCGCUCGGCAACCCGACCUUCUUGGGCCCCUCUCAGAUCGACCAGCUGCGCGGCAUCAUCCCGUCCCAGUUCGUCGUCUUGGUCGACAGCUGUGCCCAGGCUUGUGGCAUCAAGACUGCUUGAGCAGUAGGUGACUGGUGUCUACUGGCCGCUAGUAUAAGCGCUUUUGUCGGUUAGCGGGGCAAAGGGGAAGUGAGAAAUGAGGGUCGAAGCCCAGAGGAAGAUGGUGUGAUGACUGUGAUCAGUGUUGAGAUGAUUUGUGGGCCGCUUCUAGGCUCGAGAGAUAUUUCCGUAAAUUCCCUUCAAGACGCUCACUAGUCAUAUAUGUACCUUGCUGAAUUUGAAUACAACGGAAUAGCAAACGGCGCUUCAAACUAGAUUGCGGAAAUUGCCAUCUUUCGGGAUGAGCUUUUGGCAGCGGAAAAGACGUGUGGAACGCAUGAACUUGAAGCAAU